GCUGCGACAGGACUUGUGGCGCUUUGGUCCCUGCAAAGUUCAUUUAGUAGGUCUUUUCCUGCAGACACAGAUCCAGCCAUGUCGAAGCCAAAGGAUACAGGCUCCUCUAUCAUCCACACCCAGCAGCUGCAAGCUGCUAUGGCAGACACCUUUAUUGAGCACAUGUGCCUGCUGGAUAUCGACUCUGAGCCGGCUGUGGCUCGCAACACUGGCAUCAUCUGCACAAUUGGACCUGCCACCCGAUCUGUGGAGAUGGCCAAGGAAAUGAUCAAGGCUGGGAUGAACAUUGCAAGAAUGAACUUCUCCCACGGCACACAUGAAUACCAUGCAGAGACCAUCAAGAAUGUCCGUGACGCAACUGAGAGCUUUGUACCUGGGUCUGUUGACUACAGACCAGUGGCGAUCGCUCUGGACACCAAGGGACCAGAAAUCAGGACUGGACUUAUCAAAGGCAGUGGCACUGCUGAGGUUGAGCUGAAAAAGGGUGAAACCAUCAAGAUCACGCUCGAUGACCAGUACAAAGACAACUGUGAUGAGAAAAUUCUGUGGCUGGACUACAAAAACAUCACUAAGGUUGUGCAGGUUGGAAGCCACGUUUAUGUUGAUGACGGUCUGAUUUCCCUCAAGGUUAAAGAAGUCGGCAGCAAUUACUUGAUUUGUGACAUUGAGAACGGCGGCAUGCUGGGCAGCAAGAAGGGCGUCAACCUGCCCGGAGCUGCUGUUGACCUGCCUGCAGUGUCUGAGAAGGACAUUCAGGACCUGCAGUUUGGCGUGGAACAGGGUGUUGACAUGGUCUUCGCCUCUUUCAUCCGUAAGGCCGCUGACGUUCAUGCUGUCAGGAAAGUGCUGGGUGAGAAGGGCAAGGACAUCAAGAUCAUCAGCAAGCUGGAGAACCAUGAGGGCGUGCGCAGAUUUGAUGAGAUCCUGGAAGCUAGUGAUGGCAUCAUGGUGGCCCGUGGAGAUCUGGGAAUUGAAAUCCCAACCGAGAAGGUCUUCAUCGCCCAGAAAAUGAUGACCGGCAAAUGCAACAGGAUUGGCAAGCCAAUCGUCUGUGCCACACAGAUGCUUGAAAGCAUGACCAAGAAGCCUCGCCCUACUCGUGCUGAGGCCAGUGACGUUGCCAAUGCUGUGCUGGAUGGCAACGACUGUAUCAUGCUGAGCGGUGAGACGGCCAAGGGAGACUACCCUCUGGAGGCAGUGCGCACACAGCAUUUGAUCGCCCGUGAAGCUGAGGCAGCCAUGUUCCACAGGCAGGUGUUCGAGGAGCUGCGUCGCCUCUCUCAUUUGACCCGUGACCCCACAGAGUCCGUCGCUAUUGGUGCCGUCGAGGCUUCUUUCAAGUGCUGCGCCAGUGCAAUCAUUGUGCUAACCAAGACUGGCAGGUCUGCUCACAUGCUGUCGAGGUACAGGCCCCGUGCCCCCAUCAUUGCUCUGACCCGCUGCGGUCAGGCCGCCCGCCAGGCUCACCUGUAUCGUGGUAUCUACCCUGUGCUGUACACCAAGCCUGCCAACGACGUCUGGGCUGAGGACGUGGACCUGCGUGUGAACUUUGCUAUGGAACUUGGCAAGCACCGCAAAUUCUUCAAAACUGGCGACGUGGCCAUUGUUGUGACCGGGUGGCGCCCAGGGUCUGGUUACACCAACACCAUGAGGGUUGUGCUGGUGCCUUGAACUUCAUCAAAAAAUAUCAGUUACUACUCCCCCUCUACUCGUCUGCAGCCCACCUUCCCUCCAUAUUGAACUUUGUUACUGUUUUCAGAAAGCUCUUCUGUUGAUGUCUACAGACUCCAUGAAUAAAUGUCUAAAUCCUGCUGCUGGAGACUAAACUUUUUAGUGGCAACCCUUCUGGUGAACAAAGUGAACAACAUUGCUUCUCAGUGCACACUUUAGCCUCAUUUCAAGCUAUUUUUUUUCCUUUGUUCAUGGCUAGU